AUGUCCGAUGAGUGUGUCCCACACCAUGAUUAUACCGCCAAUGUCCUAACCGCUCUGCUCUGCCUUGGUCUGGCUGUAUCUUACUUACCCCAGCAUCUACGCAUCAUCAAGGCGGGAUCGUCGGAAGGUUUCAGUCCAUGGUUCCUCUUGCUCGGUAGCACUUCCUCUGCGUCGGGGAUGUUGAACAUCGUUGUGAUGCAAUGGGGUCUCAUUAAGUGCUGUAAAGUAGUGAGCUUCGGAAGCUGUAUUGAAUCCACGGCUGGCAUCUUUCAGCUUGCACUUCAGUGGCUCCUCUUCACCUUAGUACUGGUACUUUACAUGAUCUAUUAUCCACCACAUCUCAAGUAUACGGAAGUAGCCGUAGACUUGCACGACAACCGCUCGCCGCAGCUCAUCAAGACACACGUUAAGAGUGACACCUGGCGCCUCUCGAUUAUUCUCUCCUGGGUCGUUUUCCUCCACAUCUCCUUCAUAACCUUUGUCACCUUCCUCCUUCUAACGACCGGUCCUACGCCUGACGGCUCGCGACGCUCUGCGCAAAUUUCCAUCUGGGCAACGUUCCUAGGUGUCGCAUCUGCCCUACUUGCUGCGCUACAGUAUGCUCCGCAGAUCAUUCACACAUAUCGCCUUCGACUCGUAGGGGCACUAAGCAUACCAAUGAUGCUUAUACAAAGCCCCGGUGCAGUGUUCAUGGUCCUCAGUAUCGCUCUCAGACCGGGAACAAAUUGGACCACAUGGCUCCCAUAUGCUGUCGCUGGCGUGCUGCAGGGCUCGCUGCUCAUCAUGUGUCUCUGCUGGCGCGCGCGCCAGCACCGCCUACGAGUCGACGACUUCGGUAACCCCCUCGAGCCAUCCUCUGGCCUGAGGAAGGCGUGGCCAUCCUGA